GUGUGGGGAAGACAGGGAAUAACGUUGAACGUCUAUCGGGACAGUAGAGGUCUAUUUCAGGUCUAGCUCGCUCAGUGUAUUACACCAGUGUUAGUGUGCAAAUGUAAACACAUUUUACAAAAUCUAAACGAUAUACGGUGAAGAUGACUUGAGCACAGGAUUUUAAAGAUUCUGUAGUUUUUGUAGUGACUGGUGGUGGCGGGAUCUUAUUGUAGUAGUAAAUAGUGCGAUUCUCCACUGCUAGACAUAGUGACGUCACGAUGUCUCUGACGGAUGUAAUGGACGAUAUUGACUAUGAGACUAUCCGUUUCAAUGUGAACGAGACUCAGUCCAGACACCCGUUAUGGAUGACAGAGUCUCACUUCAUUUACCACCUCUACAGGGACGCCGCGGGGGUCCUUAAUUGUCACAAGGACAAAUCCGGGGAACCGGUCUGUUCACCAAGGCACUUAGCGAACCUAUGUAUGAACAAGCUUGUGUGUGACCCUGGACGGGUGUUUGGGCAUAUGAAGGCACGGGAUAUGCCAGGAGGAAUGUAUCCAGCACUGCUGUCGGAGGCCAUAUUCCAGCGAGAGCUACAUACAAUCAACUUUCUCGUGAGCACGUGGCCAACAACCGUCCUUGACCUUCAAUCAGCCAUGCCCGUGGAGGAUCUUAGCGAUGAUGAAAUAUUGACCACGCCUGUGGAAGAAAAAGAUGGACUGACCAUCCUCGAUUGUGUCAUCUACGCUCUCCUCGCCCUCCGAUCAGAGUCCAACCUAAAAAUGGUCAACUUCUCGGGAUUCACGGACCGGAAGUUAUGCCGUGAACUCUCCCGACUUCCGUUGCUGUGGAUGAACCCUAACGAUCGGACAGUUGACCGGAUCCAUGAAAUACUGAAUAGGACUAUCGACAUAAGCAGAGAGAAGGUUCAGAAGUACCUUAACAGAUUUAACCUGAUAUACGCCAAUAUGGACCCGUAUAUAAAACAUGACAACAAGUUUGAGCCAGUGACGAUUAUCCUGGACUGUAAAAUAACACUGGACGAUGUCCCCAUAGGUUUGGGCCUCCAGUAUGACACGCCGUUCCGGUUCGGAUGUAAGAGGGUAUGGAUGGAACCAAUUCCGGAAAUCUCGCUGCCAAUGACAGGUAUCAACCGAGUACUAGAACUGAGGGACCUUACUCAGGUGGAGUACACGGACCCACAGAUCUGUCAUGACGUAGGUAGACUCAGUGGCCUAAUGGAGGGUCUACAACUCCUUCCUCAUCUCCAGGCUCUCAGCUUCCCCAACACCAUCCACUCUGACGGACAAGAGAACGCAGUGGAAAUCUUUGCUUCCUUUAUUGGUAGAAUUCCAAUGUUGCGCAAACUGAACUUGGCUUCAUGUAACUUGCGAGAACAACUUGAAACAAUUCUCUUAAAGUUAUCUCAGGAUAUUACUUACCUAAAUCUUCGUGACUGUCGUCUGUGUGACGAUGAUAUACUGAACCUUAGGCUGUGGAACAAACUUGCAGGACUAAAAGAGUUAAAUCUGAGCAGGAAUAACUUAAAGACAUGCGACCUUGCCCUUGGUGACGUUCUUCAAGCUGUACCAAACAUUGGAUGUUUCUCGGUGUCCUAUUGCAGCCUGUCCAACUCUCAACUAGAGACAAUUGCACAGAAGUGUAUCGAUUUGAAAUAUAUGAAAAUGCUAGGGCUUCAGAGUUUCACCCCACCUAUCAUGGUGGAUAUGGAGUCGCUUCUCCAGAUUUGUUCUCUCAUAGACUCGCUUCAAAAGUGCUACAUUCUCCCAGACGCAUUUGCGUUUCCCGGAAGUAACAGUGUCUUCCGGUAUGAGAACCGGAUGUUGUUUAUAGAGAAUUGCGAAGCAUUUCUACAACAGGUAGGUAGACCUGACAUAGAACUGGAAUAAGGACCGAAGAAAAUGCCUGCACAAAAUCGAACAACAUAUAUUUUGCCAUUAACUCAAAUUACAGUGGUAAUGAUUUUGAGUAAACAAGAGAUUUAAUUUCACUGGAUUAGAUGGUGGCUGGUUAGGGCCAGAUUUGCUUUCUCGCUUUUUCGCUUAUUCAGGUCGAAAAAGUGUCGUGAAACACAGCUUUUACGACUCUGAAAAAAAGUUGUUCAAUCAAAAUCGCUGUUGAAAUAGCGAAAAGGCGCCAUUUUAACCUGAAAAUAAAAAGCAAAAAUAACCCUAAUCAGUCACCACGGAUUCCGUAGUUGUUUGGUUUUGGCGAUUCCCUGAUAUCUAAUGACAAUUCAAAAGUUUCAGCAGAACGCAAACAGUUGUGUCUGCUUUGUUGGCGAGAAGUCUAAACAUAACAAUUCUAUUAUCUUGACAAAAAUAGACUGACCACGGGCACACUUUACGAUGUAUGGGAGUGUCGUAUUAGGUAUAUGGAGGAUGCCGCUAUGGAAUACAAAUUUAUAUCUCACCCAUUAUACCCAAUUAGACCCUCCCAUACACAGUAAUGUAUAUAUGGGGCUGACAGAUGAAUCAGUGUCCAUGUUAAACUGUAUGAGUCUUUCAGCUCAUCAGUAGAUAGUAGUACAAAUCAUCUCCUCGUCUCAAUAUUGCACGGUGCGGUCCCAGUCCACAAGUUUAUCAAAAUAGAUGUUUGUGUCUUCUUAGCCUGGUUUGACCUUCAGGAAGUUGGCACAAAUUCCCAGUCCCACAGUCCGUAGUAGACUCCGUACACAUAUCGUAUUAACCUUGGUGAUGGCAUGCAUGCCAGGUCCCUAUGGUUUUACAAGGCCAUUUCCAUGAACUGGGAUUGACUGCCAGGAAAACCACAUGUGUUAUUAAUGAUUAACAGGGAAGAACCAAUACUAUGGUCAAUUUACAUUGACGACACGGUACAGAGUUUUAUAACUUUUUAGUCGCCGCGAUUUUGAGGAACCAAUAUAACAUUGUGAUUAAAUGAAGGGAGUCGACUCCUGACAACUUAUUGAGGGAGUCGACUCCCUUCCUCUCCCCAUGUCUCCCAUGUACAUUCCCAGGUUUAUACAAAUAAAACUUUUUUAAUUGC